AUGGCAUUCAAGAGACAAGUGAAAAACUUCGUGAAACAUUACUCAGAUGCUGAAAUAAAAGUCAGGGAAGCCACCUCUAAUGACCCUUGGGGCCCAUCUAGUUCUCUGAUGCUGGAUAUCUGUGACUUGACUUUCAACACCAUUUCUCUGGCUGAGAUUAUGAAUAUGCUGUGGCACAGGCUCAACGACCAUGGGAAGAACUGGCGCCACGUGUAUAAGUCCCUCACACUCAUGGACUAUCUCAUCAAGAACGGAUCCAGGAAGGUCAUUCAGCACUGCAGGGAGCGGUUCUGUAACCUUCAAACACUGAAAGAAUUCCAACACAUCGAUGAAGCGGGAAAAGACCAAGGUUAUUAUAUCCGGGAAAAGUCUAAGCAAGUCAUCAGCUUGCUGAUGGACGAACAGCUGCUGUAUAAAGAGAGGGAAGUAGCCUGUCGAACAAGGCGGCGUACCUCCUACUCUAUGGCAUUUCCCCAAAACCUACCUGCUAUGGGCAACUCACCAACGUCGUGUGCCUCGGCCCCCACUCCAGAAACUCCUGCUUUCCAGAGCAAGCGUAAGCUCCUUAAGGCGGCUCGGCUACGUCAUAAAAAAAAUACUUCCAAGGCAGGAUCCAAACAAGAGCAGUGCCAACACCCUCUGUUGCCUAGUGGGACUACCUUGUCCCAGGAAACACUGCCAGUCAAGAUUACUGCUUGGGACUCAACAGAGGACCUGAUAUUAUUUUAUGAUGAUGACCCAAAGCCACCUUUGCCAACAAGACCACCUUCCACGGCCUCUCCUGCUAUGGGGACAUCAGACGUGGAAGCAGAGGUCCGUAACCCCUGGGACGCAGAUGCCACCCCCACGCCCUCGGAGAAAAGCCCGUCUCUGCAGACGGAUGUGAGUCUGGGCCAGACAUCAGACAGCACGCUCAGGAACACUGUCCUAGCAAACCCCUCGCAAGCGCCUCUCGCAAAGCAACCGGCUGCACGAAGUUUCGAAGCAGCGACGACUUUACCAGGCUUUGGCUCGGCAAGUAAGGAAGAGUGGACCGGCCCCGAUGUAAGCAUAUCCAAGUCAGGCUCGGUUUCUCAGGACCAGGCUUCCGUAGAGACACUCUAUGUCUCUCCCUCGUUCCAAACAUUUGACUCCGUAGAGGGGGCUGCUGUCAUCAGUCAGGACGCUCAGGAGGCGGCACCCUCUGGCCCGGUCCAGGUGGAUGAGGAAGACGGCCAGCCCUUGACCAUAUGGGUUUCAACUGCCUCCGAGGGAGCAUCCUCCUUCUCAACAUUUUCAGCCUCGUCUCCGGAUUCAGCAUCUCCAGAGAAAUCCGUUCAUGUUUUGUCCUCAGUUUUGGCUGAACCCUCCUUCUGGACUUUAUCCCACCAACCAUCUUAUUCUGCUUCCCUUAGAGAUAAAGAUAAGACAGCCAGGGUUCAUCACCCCUUUAGUCCUAGGAGUACGGUGUCUUCCGACGAAGAGGAGAAUGCCAACCUCCACCUACUGGAAGGCCUGCCAGACGGCGCCGAUCCUGCUAACAACCAGACCAGGGGCGUCCCUGGCACUAAUUCGGCAGAGUUGUCCACCCCAAAUGUAGACCACUUCACCUCUCUGUCCAGCGCUAGUAGUCCCAUAGCCAAAGUCUUGCCUAGGGAGCCUGAAUCAAACCGUUCCAUUCAUGUGCUUUUAGGAGAGGUGAGAAGUGCUAUAGGCAGAUUGCAUAAAGAUCUGAGCACGGUGAUCCAAGAACUUCAUACCAUCAAUUGCCAGCUGGGGAGCUUGAGUGGGAGCAGUCAGCAAAUAAGCACCUCUUUGCAGUCUACUCAGUCUUCUGAGGGUAGCUCAGAUCAGAGCUAAUCAGCUCAAAAGCCACCGGUGGGAAAACUCAGGUGGGCCCACUUCCCAAAGCCCUAAGUCAGUCUUUUGUCGAUCUUUCAUAUGACCGCUAAGAAGGGGAGUGAUGGCUUCACUGUUCCUAGUCAAGUGGCUUUCGGACCACUACAUUUAUUGGGGUAGUUUAUUUGGAUGAUUAAUGUUUUUGAAAGCGAAAAGACGCCACCUCUGAUCAUGGUUUCAGAUUUUGGCUGUCGGUUCCUUUGAAACUGCAGGAAAUUCACUGUCCGUGCUGUGUGCUUCACCUCCACAUAGGGGAGGCACCCCUGAACGCUGCGGUAAGACCUCAAACUGCAAAUACGCGUUCCAAAAUGUUGACUAAGUGUGCUGUAGGAAACCCUUUAAUUUCCCAUUGUAUGGCGCCCCGUUGUUAACCAGACUGGGCCUCGACUCAGGGGGAUAAGGUUUACUGCAUACAUUUCACGUGUUCUUUUGCCAAAUUUCAAGUUCUGCCAACCCAGGGUUAGAAAGAUUCUUUCUCAUCUUUUGGAUCCCAUAGUUGAUUGGAUGUUACAUUGUGACGAAUAAGACAUGGAACAGUGUUUUAUUGCAAAAUAAAUCCAAAUGCCUACUUUUUUCCUUCUUCUGUUUUGGAAAAUAAAUCUGAUAUUUUCCUUUUA